AAAAAAUAAUGGCUUGGUGCUUGAUGUCUUUGUGUAUUUAGCGGUGUUUACUAAAUUAAAUGAUAAUGUUUUUAUCAUUUACACCAGUUUUUUGUUUAUUUUCACGAAGGAAAAGGACUUUUAAAUAAUGGGCCCUGUUUGCUUCUCAGUUCUAUUGUCAUCUCUGCUAGUAUGUUGUUACUGUGCCUCUCAACUGUUGUUUGCUAACCGGAAAGACAUUCGUCUAGUCGAUGCUGAAAACAAUCGCAGGAAGAAUUCUUCUAAAAUUUUAAUUACAAAUCUGGAAGAUGCAGCUGCUUUGGACUUCUACUAUGAGGAUGGAACGAUCUUCUGGGCCGAUGUUGGACUGGAGGAAAUUAAGAGCAUGCAUAUCAAUGAUUCUAGGACAAACAAAAGUAUCAUCCACACCGGGCUGAUGUCACCAGAUGGGUUAGCAUGUGAUUGGAUGGGAAAGAAGCUAUACUGGUCAGAUUCUGAAACUAAUCGCAUUGAAGUUAGCAACUUUGAUGGUAGUUUCAGGAAAGUUUUGUUUUGGAAAGACUUGGACCAACCUAGAGCUAUUGAAUUAGUUCCAAUGGAUGGAUGGAUAUUUUGGACAGAUUGGGGAGAAACACCAAAAAUUGAAAAAGCUAGCAUGGAUGGAAACCUGACAAGUAGAAGCAUUAUUGUAAAAGAUGAUAUUUUUUGGCCAAAUGGCAUAGUUGCUGACUAUGACACUAAAAGGAUAUAUUGGGCAGAUGCAAAGCUUCGAUUUAUUUCAAGCAUGGACUUUGAUGGUAAAAGUAGGCAGGUCAUUGUAAAUGGAAACCUUCCUCAUCCAUUUGCAUUGACACUCCAUAACGAUAUGUUAUACUGGACCGACUGGGUUACAAGAGCCGUACAUGCUUGUAAUAAAAAAGAUGAUUGCAUGAAACGAACUACCUUUGGUGGUUUUUUGUCACCAAUGGGCAUUCAUGUAUAUCACCAAGAUAGGCAACCACCUGGUCCUACUCCUUGUGAUAAAAAUAAUGGUGGGUGUUCUCACUUAUGUUUAUUGUCUGCAUACAAACCAUUUUAUUCAUGUGCCUGUCCUACUGGUGUACGUUUGAAGAAUGAUGGAAAAACCUGUGAAAAUGAACCCCAAGAACUUCUCCUGCUUGUUCGAAGAACUGACUUGAGAAGAAUUUCAUUGGAUACCCCAGAUUAUACAGAUGUUGUCCUUGAGUUGGAAGGGAUUAAGCACGCUAUUGCUGCUGAUUUUAAUCCUGUUGAUAACUACAUUUAUUGGACGGAUGAUGAAGCAAGGGCUAUAAGAAGAGCUUAUAUGAAUGGAACUGGCCAGGAAGAUUUAAUUACCUCAGAAGUUCACCAUCCUGAUGGCAUAGCAGUUGAUGCAAUAGCUGGUAACAUGUAUUGGACAGACACUGGAACAGAUAGGAUAGAAGUGGCAAGGUUGAAUGGUUCUUCUCGUAAAAUAUUAAUUACUGAAAAUUUGGAUGAGCCUCGGGCUAUUGUUCUUGAUCCACCAGAAGGGUAUAUGUAUUGGACUGAUUGGGGUUUGCGUCCUAAAAUUGAGAAGGCAGCUUUGGAUGGAUCUCAAAGAGUGCUACUUGUAAAUACUUCUCUAGGCUGGCCUAAUGGACUCUCGAUAGAUUUUAGAGAAAAGAAAUUGUAUUGGGGUGAUGCAAAGACAGAUAAAAUAGAAGUCUCAAACUUAGAUGGAAGUGAUCGUAGAGAACUAGUUUCAGACCAGCUGCCUCAUAUUUUUGGAUUUACUUUACUUGGAAAUUACAUAUAUUGGACUGAUUGGCAAAGAAGAUCCAUUGAACGAGUUGAUAAAGUUACUGGUGUAAUGAGAGAAAUAAUUAUAGACCAGCUUCCUGAUUUGAUGGGUUUAAAAGCAAUAAGUUUAAAAGAAAAGCUUGGUGUCAAUCCAUGUGGCAUAAACAAUGGGAACUGCUCUCAUUUAUGUUUAAAUAGACCUGGGAGCAAUUUUACUUGCUCUUGUCCUGGUGGACUUGAGCUUACCACUGAUAACAUGACUUGUAUUGUACCAGAAGCCUUUUUAUUGUUCUCACGGAAGGAAAAUAUCCGCAGAGUGUCCUUAAAAUCCCAUAACGCAGAUGCUAUUCCUCUUUCUGGUGUACAGGAAGCGAAUGCUUUGGACUAUCAUAUUAGUGAGAGCCGAAUUUAUUGGACUGAUACUAGCUUGAAGACUAUCAGCAGAGCAUUUAUGAAUGGUAGUUGUGUCGAAACACUUGUGGAAUUUGGUCUGAAUUAUAUUGAAGGUUUGGCCGUAGACUGGGUUGCUCAAAAUCUGUAUUGGACUGAUAUGGGCUCCAAUCGUAUUGAAGUAUCCCGUUUGAAUGGCACUUCAAGGAAAGUGUUACUGUGGCAAAACAUGGAUGAUCCACGAUCUCUGGUUUUGGACCCUAAUGAAGGUUAUAUGUAUUGGACAGAUUGGGGUACAAGUGGUCGUAUUGAAAGAGCUGCAAUGGAUGGAUCAUAUCGUAAAGUUCUCAUCAGUAAACUUGGUCGUCCCAAUGGUUUGACCAUCGAUUUUGUUGAGAGAAGGCUCUACUGGAUUGAUAUUGAUACUCUAAAAAUUGAAUAUUCUGAUUUAUUUGGUAAUCACCGUGUUCAAGUUCUUGACAAUUUGACUGAUCCCUAUAGUUUGACCAUUUAUGAAGAUUUCAUGUAUUGGACUGAUUGGAAAACCAAUAGUAUCAACCGAGCUAAUAAAACAAGUGGUGGAAAUAUUACUGUCAUUCAAAGAAAUUUAGAUCACGUGAUGGAUGUCCUUGUUUUUCAUACAUCAAGACAAUCAGGGUGGAAUCCGUGUGCUGUUAAUAAUGGUGCCUGCACACAUCUAUGCCUUGCUUUGCCAGCUUCAGUUCAACAUAAAACAUACACCCACCAUUGUGCUUGCCCUACACACUACAGUUUGGAUUCUGACAACAAAACAUGUUCUUAUCCUCAAAACUUUAUGCUUUUCAGUCAAAGGAAUAGCAUUAAUCGAUUUCUUGUAGAUACUCUUGAUUCUCCCGAUAUAACAUUACCUAUCCAUGGAUUGAAAAACAUUAAAGCCUUAGGAUAUGAUCCUGUUGAACAUUUUGUUUACUGGAUUGAUGGAAGGACGAAAACAGUGCGAAAAGCUCAUGUCAAUGGAACAAAGGCUUCUAUAGUUGUUUCUAACCCAAGUGACAACAUACAUCCUUAUGACAUUGCCAUAGAUCCUUAUUCCCGUUCAGUGUAUUGGUCAUGUGCUCAGCAUAAUACAAUUAAUGUAACAACUAUGAAAGGUAAAGCUGUUGGAAAUGUAAUUGGUGAUCACGAUGACCGGCCUCGUUUUAUUGCUCUUCAUCCAAAUAAAGGUUUGUUAUUUUGGGUAAACAUGAUUCAUCCACCACUCAUUGAAAGAGCCAACAUGGAUGGUCAUAUGCGUCGGAUCUUAUUUUCAACUGAACUGGAUCGACCCGUUUCUCUUACUGUUGAUGUUUCUGAUAACCUAAUCUACUGGGGUGAUGUUGGCUUAAGGAAAAUAGAAAGAUCCACUUUAUCAGGCUCUAACAGAACUGUUUUACUUGCUGGAGACUUGCUUCAUCCUGUUUCUUUAACCAUUUUGGGUAAACACAUAUAUUGGAUUGACCAUGAUCAACAGAUUAUCGAGAUGGCUGACAAACUAACUGGAGCUGGCAGGCAACGGGUACAGGCAAGAAUGCCUCUUCUGACCAAUCUUCUGGCUGUUAAUUUACGUGAUCCAGAUCAUUACGCAAACCAUCCUUGCUCUGUUAAGAAUGGUGGUUGCUCUCACUUGUGUCUUUUAAAUGAAGUUGGCAAAAAGCGGUGUUCUUGUCCUCUUGAGUUAGUGUUAUCUACAGAUAAGAGCACAUGUAUUGAUAUCCCUGUUUGUCCCCCAGACAAAUUCAGAUGUCUUUCUGGUGUAACCUGCUUCCCGGAGAAAUGGCGGUGUGAUGGUAUUGCCGAGUGCGAUGACAUGUCUGAUGAAAUGAACUGUGAGGAAUGCAAACCUCACCAAUUCAGGUGCCAAAAUGGCGAUUGCAUAGAUUCUAAACUGAAAUGCGAUGGAAUUCCGCAAUGCAAAGAUUACAGUGAUGAACAGUGUUGCCAAAAAAAUAUGUUCCUAUGCUCAUCUUAUGAAUGCAUCGCCUCAUCUGCACUCUGUGAUUCAAAAAAAGAUUGUUCCGAUUCAUCAGAUGAAAGUCCUGCUAAUUGUGAAGUUAUGUCCAGUCAAAGGCACACUGAGACACACACGAAAGUAACACUUAUCAUUGUGGUUGUUGUUAUUGUCUUUAUUGUUAUUGUUGUAGUAUUUUUCUGCCAAAUGAAAGGCAUUGUUUCCUUUUGUAAACGCAAAGGACCUGCUAAGAAUGAAGAGCUGAGGGAUGUUAUGUUACCUUCGAGGCCUUGCAGUGCAACUGGAAACUCUACGAGCACUGUCUGUCCAAGAGGCGUGGCAGUUUCUUCAUUUCAAGGCUCAAGCUGUGCGGUGGGCGUAACGCCAACUUCACUGCCAACAAGCUGCAGCAGCAUGUAUGACCGAAACCACGUUACAGGUGCCUCUUCCAGUUCUUCCAGUCGUACCUAUCCGCUUGAAACUUUGAAUCCACCUCCUACACCAGUUACCGUGCGAUCUCAAUACAUGCAAAGUUAUUCAUUGGGUUCAUACAAACAUUAUCGCUCCAGAAACAAGCCUCCUCCUCCAACGCCAUGCAGCACAGAUGUCUGUGACGACAGCGAUGCUUAUGCGUGUGGUAGUUGUUACUACAGCUCGGGUAUGGAGAUGUCGUAUGAUUCUGACCCUUUCAUCCCCCCUCCUCCUACGCCUAGAAGUCCUUGUCUAUCUGACGAAAACUAUGAAGCACUGUUAAGGGGCUGUCCGGAACCCCCUCCACCAUCCCCUGUGCCUGCUAAUUCAUGA